AUGCUGGCGGGAACGGCGGUAAAUGACGCCGUCGUGGUCAACCAGUUGAACGAAGAAGCGCCUGUUGUUGAGAAGGCUUUUGAUGACUUGGCACAGGUCGAGGUCACCAGUCAUGUCAAAAAGUUUCCUGAUCAUGGUGCGGUGCUGGACAGUGUCGAACCAGGUCUUUGCUUUAGGUCCAAGGUGCUGUAUCAUUUCCGUCAGUACAUCAUCGAUUCCUGCUGCUUUCCCAGGUUUCAGCAUGCUCAUUGCAGCUUCGAGUUCUUCAAGGUCGAAGGGCUUGGUGAGGGCCCCCCCAUUGAUAAUUCCUUUUCCCGUCUCCAACGGACCCCCUCCUCCUGGACCUCCCCUCAUGGCCAUUGGUACAAUGAAAUUUGGGCGUCACAAUCCGAUGUCGGAACAGGAGUACAUUCUCAGUGGCUUGGACUUCCGAAUUGGCCACUUCCUACUGGAGACCGUGGCUCCCGAAGUCCACAGGCUGAGCUGGGUGGAGAUUCACGCUGGCGGCCCUCGGCAAAGGGUUCCCAGGGCUCCGCGAUAUUAAAAUCAGCGCAGCCCGAGCCUGUGAGCUCCGUAAACCACAGCUCCAUGAUUUUGAAGCAGCAGGCCCAACACUCCAGAGCUUCAAACGGCAAUCCAGUGUUCCUCCAUUUUGAAAGAAGAAAAGGAUAUGAGGAUGAUAAAGCAAUGAAGCUAAUCUUUAUCACUGAUGCAUUCAAAGACCUACUCCAUUGCACACUUGGAAAGAAACAAGAGGUGAUCCACAGUGUCCCAUUGUCAAGGAAGACCAUUGGAGAAUACAGUCUUCCAGUUCACUGCACAAUGUUCAGCCUGGAUUUAAUUGGCUACUGCCUGAGGUUCUGAACAGUACUGGCAAUGUUUGGACAUUUCAAAAUCCAGAAGUUUGGGACUUCCUGUCAAGCAUGAAAAUCUGGACCUGCUGACAGAAUUGGGGCACCAAAAGCUUGAAGAUAAACUCCUAGAAUUGUACCACAUCAGAAGCUGAAUCCAAGUUGAUUUCAAUGAAGAUUUGAACUCAAAAUGGAAGAUACGUUUUUGAGUAUUGGAUUACUUUUAUUAGGGUUAAUUUUUUUUUCAGUAUUCGUAUGAUUGUGCUUUGCUUUUCAUAAGUUCUAGUAGCAGAAUUAUGGGCCUGUCCCACUUAGGUGACUUUUUAGGCGACUGCAGGAGGAGACAAUGCAGUCGCCACAUGUUCGCGGGUAGUUGCCAGGGAGUCGCCUUCGUGGUCGUGAGGAGUUCCCGCAUUCUGGGAACUAGUCGCAGCCUCAUUAUGGUUGUCGCAAAUUUUUCAACAUGUUAAAAAAUUAGCAGCGACUAGAAAGAAGCCGCCAUGGAGAGUAGCGAGAAUUCUCGCGCUGUAUGUGGGUCGCCAGGAGGUCCUAGUGGGUCGCCAGGAGGUCGGAGGUUCUCGUAUGUUGUAGCCGGUGCUGACCGGUGAAUUUUAUUGGCUCAUGGCGAAAAAAAAGGUAAGCAGUAGUUUUCAGAACCAAGGAUAACCGACCGGUAAUGUUAAAUGUCCGAUGAGCGUCAAAGCUUCAAAGUAACUCUGGCUUCUUAAAAGUUAUCUACACUCCAUCUUCACUCCUUCUCCCUCUCCUAAAAGACUUACUGUACACUGUGCUUGCCAUAAUUACAGCACCAACCUUCCUGUUCAUCGUGGUCUGUGUCUGUAUCACCUUGGCUUUGCACCGUGUGAAUUUUUUAGACAUUGCUCCCCCCGCUUGCCCUGUCCUCCGCCUGCAUAACGGGUUGGUGAAGGAAGCGAUGCGUUUGUGUGUGUGUGUGUGUGUGUGUGUGUGUGUAUAUAUGUUCCACUCUGACAGUCGCCAUUCCAGUUGCCAGUUUUUCAGGUGACUGCCGGCCACUUGACAGUCCGCUGAAAAUCACCUAAGUGGGACAGGCCCAUUAGGCCAUUUGGCCCGUCAGGUCUACUCCACCAUUCAAUCAUGACUUAUCUACAUUUUCUCCUGCCCAUACUCCUGCCUGCUCCCCAUAACCUCAGACAUCCUUACUAAUCACCCUUACUGAUUAAUCUUUAAAAUUAAAAUAUAUUUUAGAUGUCUGUGAAUGUUUUUAGACUUUAGAGAUACAGUUUGGAAACAGGCCUUUUGGCUCAGAGUCCAUGCUGACCCUACGAUCAGUCUAUACACUAACACUAUCCUAUACACUAGGGACAAUUUACCAAAUUUUAGAAUUUACUGAAGCCAAUUAACUUACAAGCCUGUUUUGUCUUUGGAGUGUGGGAGGAAACCGGAGCACGUGGAGAAAAUCCACGUGGUCACAGGGAGAACGUACAAACACCAUGCAGACAGUACACCGCA